CCAGCUACAGCUCCUCCGUGGGGUCAUGGCAGGGGCUGGGGAGUCCCCUCAAAAGCCCUGAGCGCCCCCUGCACCGCCGCUAAGGGACACCCCAGAAGUUAGCAUCAGUGGGACUCGGAAGCUCUGAUCUCAACAAGUAAGUUCAUCCCAGCUAUGGCUGGCGAUUCUAGGAAUGCCAUGAACCAGGACAUGGAGAUUGGAGUCACUCCCUGGGACCCCAAGAAGAUUCCCAAACAGGCCCGCGAUUAUGUCCCCAUUGCCACAGACCGUACGCGCCUGCUGGCCGAGGGCAAGAAGCCACGCCAGCGCUACAUGGAGAAGAGUGGCAAGUGCAACGUGCACCACGGCAACGUCCAGGAGACCUACCGGUACCUGAGUGACCUCUUCACCACCCUGGUGGACCUCAAGUGGCGCUUCAACCUGCUCGUCUUCACCAUGGUUUACACGGUCACCUGGCUGUUCUUCGGCUUCAUUUGGUGGCUCAUUGCUUAUAUCCGGGGUGACCUGGACCAUGUUGGUGACCAAGAGUGGAUUCCUUGUGUUGAAAACCUCAGUGGCUUCGUGUCCGCUUUCCUGUUCUCCAUUGAGACCGAAACAACCAUUGGGUAUGGCUUCCGAGUCAUCACAGAGAAGUGUCCGGAGGGGAUUAUACUCCUCUUGGUCCAGGCCAUCCUGGGCUCCAUUGUCAAUGCCUUCAUGGUGGGGUGCAUGUUUGUCAAGAUCAGCCAGCCCAAGAAGAGAGCAGAGACCCUCAUGUUUUCCAACAAUGCAGUCAUCUCCAUGCGGGACGAGAAGCUGUGCCUCAUGUUCCGGGUGGGCGACCUCCGCAACUCCCACAUCGUGGAGGCCUCCAUCCGGGCCAAGCUCAUCAAGUCCCGGCAGACAAAAGAGGGGGAGUUCAUCCCCCUGAACCAGACAGACAUCAAUGUGGGCUUCGACACAGGCGAUGACCGCCUCUUCCUGGUGUCUCCUCUGAUCAUCUCCCAUGAGAUCAACGAGAAGAGCCCUUUCUGGGAGAUGUCUCAGGCUCAGCUGCAUCAGGAAGAGUUUGAAGUUGUGGUCAUUCUAGAAGGGAUGGUGGAAGCCACAGGCAUGACCUGCCAAGCCCGGAGCUCCUACAUGGAUACAGAGGUGCUCUGGGGCCACCGAUUCACACCAGUCCUCACCUUGGAAAAGGGCUUCUAUGAGGUGGACUACAACACCUUCCACGACACCUAUGAGACCAACACACCCAGCUGCUGUGCCAAGGAGCUGGCAGAAAUGAAGCGGGAAGGCCGGCUCCUCCAGUACCUCCCCAGCCCCCCACUGCUGGAGGGCUGUGCUGAGGCAGAGCUGGAUGCAGAGGCUGAGCAGAAGGAAGAGGAUGAGCCCAAGGGGCUGGGUGGGUCCAAGGGGGCCAGGGGCUCGGUGUGAGGGCUGCAGCCUCCCUAAGACCUCCUGUCACUGGCUUCAGUGAACACAGACACUGCAAAGCCUGGGACCAGGGGAGGGGAAUUGUUGAGUGUCCUGUCUGGGCGCUCAGGAGCCAUCAAGGCUGGGGGGAGGAACCAUAAACCCAGGCCUCAUGGCUCCCAGCACAGGGCCUCCCUGAGCCAGUGGCAUCCUGCCUGGGCCUCCCAUGGCAGUGCUGCCUCUUGUGGGUGCUGGCUAAGGGCCAGGCCAGUAUGAAUUUCCUCGUGGUGAAUGUUACGGGGUGGCAUCUGUUCUCUCCCUGCCCUGGGUCUUCCUUUCUUGGGUCUUACAGACCCCUCCAGGGGCUAACACCUAGAGGGAACCAUCACCUUGUCCCCUCAUUCCUUCCACCCUGAGGCUUGCUGUGGAUUCAGAGAGGAGUCUUACCUGAUGGGAACUCAAACCUCUAGUCUGGGAUGAGCUCACAGAGCCCUCAUGGGUUAAGAUGCAUCCAUGUCACAUAGGCAAUUCCGUUUAAAUCAGAUACCCAUGACCCAUUACUGAGAGCUACAGAGCGCACAGCCCUUGGUGUUCUCUGCUGUUCUCUGCCAAGUGUGUGUGUUUUUCCUCUGCUGUGUUCUGUGUGUCCAAUGUAGCCUAUUGGAAAAUCGGUCUCAUUAGAGUGACUCUUAGAAGGUGGCCUGGGACUAGACAGCCCCUCUGAGCACAUGCAUAGUGGCAUCAGCAGCUUCCCGGCCUACUCCCAAUCACACUGUGCCCUGCACCUCCCACCAAGGGGGAACCCCAGCAGCUGGGGCUUUUCUAGUGCUUUUUGGCCCAAGAAUCUCAGAGUGCAUCUAAUCAUCACAGUAGUUUUUUUGUUUUGUUUUGUUUUGUUAUUUUCACAAUCUCAGUGAGCCUGUGGUAUGACCUGGGGAGAAAGCUGAGUGUCAGGGGACACAAUGAGCCAGUUGGCCCUGAAACAGGAAUGGGGCAAAGAGAAAGGAGAGCCAGGAGCAUUUAAAAAUCAGCAUCUGGGCCAGGCACGGUGGCUCACGCCUGUAAUCCCAGCACUUUGGGAGGCCAAGGCGGGCGGAUCAUGAGGUCAGGAGAUGGAGACCAUCCUGGCUAACACGGUGAAACCCCGUCUCUACUAAAAACACAAAAAAUUAGCCGGGCGUGGUGGCAGGUGCCUGUAGUCCCAGCUACUCAGGAGGCUGAGGCAGGAGAAUGGCGUGAACCCGGGAAGCGGAGGUUGCAGUGAGCCGAGAUCGCACCACUGCACUCCAGCCUGGGUGACAGAGCGAGACUCAGUCUAAAAAAAAAAAAAAAUCAGCAUCUGCCCCAAUUGUGGCCGAGACACUCUGACCUCAGGGCUCAGCACCUUUGCCAUCAAGGCAGAUGAUGGGAUGUGAAUCAAAAGUGACAGGUGACUGCAGUGGCACCUUCACUAUCAAGCUCAGCCUGGACCAAGCUCCCAGCCCAGUGCUGAAAAGCCCCUGAGCCUCCCUCCACAGGCAGAGUUACAAGGGAGAGGGCUGGGCAGGAAGGGCAGGGAGGAUGCCUGGGGAAGGCGAAGGGAGUGGCUGCCCCUCCCAGGCUGGAAACAAGAGGGCAAGGGGAGUCAGCAGGAGAAUUCGGGGGCAGGGUGACUCUUAAGAGAAAAAGAGCAGAGAAGAGCCUGAAAAUCAGCAACUUCCAGGGCUUUCCUGAUCUGGAGGCCCAAGAGCAAGGGUGGAGGGGGGCAGAUUGUCAGGUCCCGAAAUGCGUGUUCACACACGCAGGCUUCGGGUUAGCUGGCCUGACAUGGAGAGAGAGUGCCAGUGUUCCCAGGCCACAGAAUUAUGGAGGCCUCACCCACAGUCUUCACAGCUCUCAACUAGCCUUUGAGAAUGGAAGCCUUUUCCUGCCCUGGAUAUGGCACUUCUUCCUGGGAGAGGAGCAGAGCCACAGAGAGGUAGGAAGUUGAGGCAGAGCAAAGGGAAGGCUUCAGAGCUCAGGCCUGGUUCAUCUCAGAUGCGUUUUCUAGGCCUGGGGCUGGAAGGAAGAGGAGUGGGGCAGCCUGGGACGGGAACUGCCUCUGUGGGCUGCCCACUCCCAGGAAGGGGCUCCGUAAGCUUUGCUCCUGGGCUGGAUCUUGAGAGGUGGGCAGGGUGCCAUGGCCAAAUGAGGUCUUCCCACCAGUGGCAGGGCAUGGAGUUGUGGUCCCAGGCCUUGGAGGGAAUGGGGAAUGGGCUGGAAGCAGACAGUGCCCCAGCAGGGGAGCUGCAUGCCCCCAGGAUUCUUGGACAGGCAGCCCAUCACUAAGGUUGGGUGCCCUUCGGCGGAGCUACAGUUGGAACCCUCCAGCCAAGGCCAGCAUCUCGCCUGGGGCUCCCUGGACCCCAGGGUUACUAACAGCAAAACCAUUCCACACCCCCUUGCCAGAUCUAAGCCUGUCUUAGGACUAGUCAGUGUCCCCAGGUUAGAGCCCAUGGGGGUCAACUAAGCGACGGAGGGAAGGUGAAGGCGAAGCCGGCCUUGCACCCAGACAGCGCCUGGCUCCUCCCCACAGCUGCCUUCAUUUAUGACUCUGAAACAUCCCCCACCUGACCAAGGGAGCCACUCUCCAGUUCUCUCACCCCACCAGGGCCCUCCGUGAGCCAGGACCAGGUCACAUCUCUCAGCCGAGUCUAAAAGCUCUGGGUAGGGGAGAGGAAGCGUGCAGAGGGUCCUCUGCCAAAGCUCCCUGCCUGGCCUGAGCCCAGGCAUACUGGGAUUAGUGCAACACCGCCCCGGUGUGCCUCCUCUGCCUUCUACCAUGCCAAUUUAAAAGCAAGAAGACCCCCCCCUUCACAUCCUGAGGAAAUCCCCUUCCUGGUGACCAGUUAAUGCAAUGAAAGUUUGAAAAGUUCUUCAUUUUCUAGAAGUUCUUGAAUAAACAUGGACUUACUAAAUGCAGAGUCU